CGCCGCACUGCUCUCGAAGCAGACGGACGAUACUGCGAGUCUAGAACACUCUGUGACUGUCUGUGAUUGAGCAGCUUCGUGCGUUGGCAGGUGAUCAUCGGACAGUCCCGUCGUCGUUCGACGUUGGUGGUUCACCGGCCCGUCGUCGGUCUCUGCGUGUCUGCGAAUUAUCCGGAGAUUUAAUGGAGCAUCAGCCCCGUCAGCAGCACCCUUCGCCGCCGGGGCCCUUCCCGUAGGAGCCUCCAGUAAGAGGACCGUUGACAGCACUCUGCAGUUGGACCGCCUCGGCUCGCUCAGAUCAUCCCGGGGGUUCGGAACCCCUUGCGCUGCAGCGCAGGUGGUGUCGCAGGAAAACUAAGGAGUCCGAAAUGGCAGGAAAUCUGAAGAAAGGCGGGGGGCUGAUCGGGAUGAUGAAGGACGCCUUCCAGCCUCAUCAUCACCACCUGCAUGCUCAUCACCAGCCGGGGGCCGUGGACAGGAAGACGGUGGAGAAGUGCUGGAAGCUCAUGGACAAGGUGGUCCGCCUCUGCCAGAACCCCAAGUUGGCUCUGAAGAAUAGUCCGCCCUACAUUCUAGACCUGCUGCCAGACACCUACCAGCACCUUCGCACCAUCCUAUCACGCUAUGAAGGCAAAAUGGAGAUGCUGGGAGAAAACGAGUACUUUCGUGUCUUCAUGGAGAAUCUGGCCAAGAAGACCAAGCAGACCAUCAGCCUCUUCAAGGAGGGCAAGGAGCGCAUGUAUGAGGAGAACUCCCAGCCCAGGCGAAACCUGACCAAACUGUCGCUGAUCUUCAGCCACACGUUGGCUGAGCUUAAAGCUGUGUUUCCCAACGGCCUGUUCCAGGGGGACAACUUUCGCAUCACUAAGGCGGACGCCGCUGAGUUCUGGAGGAGGUCCUUCGGGGACAAGACCAUUGUGCCGUGGAAGUCUUUUCGCCAGGCGUUGCAUGAGUUCCAUCCCAUCAGCUCAGGCCUGGAGGCUAUGGCCCUCAAGUCCACCAUCGACCUGACCUGCAACGACUAUAUCUCUGUUUUCGAGUUUGAUAUCUUCACCCGCCUCUUUCAGCCUUGGUCUUCAUUGUUGCGGAACUGGAACAGCCUUGCAGUAACCCACCCUGGCUACAUGGCUUUCCUCACGUACGACGAGGUGAAGGCUCGGCUGCAGAAGUUCAUCCACAAGCCGGGCAGCUACAUCUUUCGUCUGAGCUGCACACGGCUGGGCCAGUGGGCCAUCGGCUACGUAACUGCUGAUGGUAACAUCCUGCAGACCAUCCCCCACAACAAGCCGCUCUUCCAGGCUCUCAUCGAUGGCUUCCGGGAAGGCUUCUACCUAUUUCCUGACGGCCGUGCCCAGAACCCGGAUCUGACGGGUCUGUGUGAACCAUCUCCACAGGACCACAUCAAAGUCACACAGGAGCAGUAUGAGCUCUAUUGUGAGAUGGGCUCCACCUUCCAGCUGUGUAAAAUCUGUGCAGAGAAUGACAAGGACGUGAAGAUCGAGCCGUGUGGACACCUCAUGUGCACCUCCUGCCUUACAGCCUGGCAGGAGUCAGAGGGCCAGGGCUGCCCCUUCUGCCGCUGUGAGAUCAAGGGCACGGAGCCCAUCGUGGUGGACCCUUUUGACCCCAGAGACAAUAGCGGGGGCUCCUGUGGGGGCUACAGGGGAAUGCUGGGUGCAGAGGGGGCCCCUUCACCAAGCUAUGAUGAAGAUGAUGACGACCGGUUGGAUGACCCCCAUUUCAUCAUGAGCAGACUAGCCUGCAACAAGGUGGAGCGCCCCCCUUCACCUGUGUCUAUGGGCCCCCAGGCGGCACUGCCGCCUGUACCCCCCCGACUGGACCUGCCGCCGCCCCGAGCUCCCAAUCCCUCUGGAGCCUCCAGUCCAGGGGCCACAUCCAAGGCUUCAACACUUCACAAGGAUAAGCCCCUUCCUCUACCACCUGCACAUCGGGACCUCCCACCCCCACCUCCCCCUGACCGACCGCACACAACAGGCUCCGAUGGACGGAUCCAGCGCCGACCACUACCCUGCGCUCCAGGUGACCCACCCCGCGACAAGCUGCCACCAGCACCUCCCAACAGAGCAGCAGUGGACUGGAACCCCAGACCUGUGCCCAAGGCCCCGCUGCAGUUGCCCACUGUGCGUGAGCUCUCCAACCGCCACUCGCUCCCUCUGGCAUUGCCCUCCGCACUAGAUGGUCGCAUAGAUGUGCAGAGAAACAGCAACCUUGGACUGGACCCUCCGCUGAACUUUGCAGCCAGUGUUCCUGGAUCGUCAGCGUAUGACAGCCCUAAAGUGAAACCCUCUGCCUCAGCAAACGCCAUCUAUGCCAUGGCAGGCAGGCCUCGCCAUGGCCUGAAGUCGCUCACGAGUGGUGGAGCGCAUGAAAGUGACGAGGAGCCCGAUUAUAUGACCCCCACAUCUCGUCCUGUGCUCCCCCCACCAGGGCCUGCAGUGGGGAGCUCCCGAUCUGUACUAGGGGAUCUGGAUUCGGAGAACCUCCAGACGUAUGAAGCCAUGUAUAACAUCCAGGCUCAGGCGGUUGCUACGGCUUUGCCUCCCCAAGCCAUGGAUUCUGAUUACUCUGAAUUGCCUCCUGUGGCCUGUGCCAAUGGACCCCGGCAUGCCAUCAGUGAAGCUGAAGAUGACGACGAUGAUGGCUAUGACUUCCCUAGACCUGUCAUUCCCCAGACCCCUGCCAGAGAUACCUUCCCCAGUACCAGCAGCCCAUCAGCCUCCUUCAGCCUGCUAUCGGUGAACACUGAGCCCAGUGCUGGAACCUCAGCCUCCCCUGGGCCCAGUGAGGUGCCAGAGCGCCCACCAAAGCCAUUGCCACGCAGGAUUCCAGCAGAGCGAAGGCCGAGUCCUGUAUCCAGCCCAGCGCCCCCUGCCAUCAGCAGUGAGGUGGAACAACUCCGGAGCCUGGGCUACUCCCACCAGGACAUUCAGAAGGCUCUGAUGAUAGCCCAGAAUGAUGUGGAAAUGGCAAAGAACAUCCUGCGGGAAUUUGUCUCUGUUCCGUCCACAGCCCACAUCCUAACAUAACACCCCAAAAACCUUUAUGACCCCCAGCCCCCUGCCGCAUCCAUCUUCGUGUUGAUUGGAUGCCUUGUGGCUUCUCUGCAGCUGAUGGCCUGGCCUUGCCCUCGUUGAGCUUUUUAGAGCAUUUUGCUUUUUAUUGCAUGGAAGAUGGCCAGCAAGACCAGUGACAGGUGUUCUUGGCCAGGCAGCAAGAGAUGAAGUACAAAAAAACCAUGGUGACCUUCCAGGCCUUUCUCAGCAUAGUGGUCCUAAGGCAUCAUUUGAGAAGUUCCUUAAUCUCACAGAAACCUUUGUACAUCUAUGUUUCUGUGUGUGCGUGUGUGUGUGUAUGUGCCUGCCAGCCUAUGGAAUACACCCUUGAGGGUCAAUUUUUCUGCUUCUUUGGGCCACUGGGCAGCAGCAAAAGCUUGCUGGUCCCAUACUCCACAUUCUGUGGAAAUGUAGUCACGUCUGGCAUCAUCUCACGAGUUGAUGGAAGAAGGCAGAAUGUGCGACUCAAUUUUACUCUGAGUAGAUGCCAUUUUAGUGAUACAUCUAGUGCCUAAUGCGAAAGGAAGACGGCUUUGAUUGUGUUCCUUUAGUACUUUUUAUACAGAUAAAAUUGGGUGUUUUUUGUUUCAAUUAUUUAUUUUUUUCCUCCCCUUGAAGCAGCUCCUUGCUACACUCUGUUGCUGAAUGUCUGCAGUUAAGAGUGUGACUGUAUGCAUGGUUGAAAAGAUAAGGUGAUCUCAAAAUACUGAUCCUUAGCAGAAGGAAUGCUUUUGGACACAAUGAAGUCAUUUCGCCAACUCAUGAGUGUUGGGUUACCUGAGGCACGUGAUGAUCCAAACACUCCUUUGCUGCACUGCAGUUCUAGUAUCUGGGGUCUCUGCUUAACCUGUAGUGAUAGUUUCACACUUUGAGUGUACCCAGCUGACCUGAAACUAAGCAGUUCACUGUGCAAGGAGUGAGCCAAGACUUUGCCAGUAGAAAUAUCUCCACGGCAGGAUAGUGAGAAGUUCAAGCCUCAUGCAGACUCCAACCCACAGCUCUCUUGACCCUCCCUUUGUUAAUGGUCUCGUCUUGCUGUGCAAACAAAUGUGGAUUUAAGAACUACUGGCGUACUUCUUCUGAAUUUACUAAUUUCUUAAUGACAGACUUGUGGCUAAAGAGGAAAACUUAAAAACGGGAUUAAUUUGUGAACGAAGCACUCUACAUGAUUUAGUAAUGUACAAGCUCCCUCUCUAGUUAUCGCUGUAGUAACUGGAUUGAGUGCAGUGCUUUUUUUUGGGCGGGGGAGGGGUCCAA